AUGGCAGAAUACGAAGCUUGUAUCAUGGGACUAGAAAAAGCCAUCGAUCUUAGAAUCAAGAUUCUGGAUGUAUUUGGAGAUUCUGCUCUAGUUAUUAAUCAAAUCAAAGGAGAAUGGGAAACCCGUCACCUUAGCUUAAUUCUUUAUAGAUAUUAUGCCCGAAGACUGUUGACCUUCUUCAAUAAAGUUGAGUUCUAUCACAUACCUCGUGAGGAAAACCAAAUGGCAGAUGCAUUGGCCACUCUAGCUUCCAUGUAUCAAGUGAAGUUUCCAAAUGAAGCUCCCCAAAUUACAAUCAUGCGCCUGGAUAGGCCGGCUCACGUAUUCACUGUUGAAAUUAUCACAGAUGAUAAACCAUGGUUUCAUGACAUCAAAAUCUUCUUGCAGAAACAAGAGUACCCACCCGGGGCAUCUAGCAAAGACAGAAGAACUUUGAGAAGAUUGUCUGGUAAUUUCUUCCUGACUGGAAAUGUGCUCUACAAGAUAAACUUUGAUAUGGUAUUGCUCACAUGCGUUGAUAGACACAAAGCAAACCUCUUAAUGCAAGAAAUUCAUGAAGGAUCUUUUGGCACUCAUGCCAAUGGGCAUGCAAUGACAAGAAAUAUAUUAAGAGCAAGUUAA